UCAGUAAAUCGCUGACCGGAGCUGUGUGUGUUUCUACUGUGGUGGAGCAGGAGCUUCCCCCGCUGACUGUCACUCCGUUCCCGCAGCACAAACUCCUUUAAACCAAGUCUGCAGCAGAGGUGGGCCGAUAGGGCGCAUUGUCCCUGGCAAUCAUGGAUGACCGCUCUUCUCUGGGCAAAGUGGGCGGUUCCACUGAAUCUGUGUCCACAGUCACCAGUGAGGAGUUUGUGCUGGUGCAGCCUGGAGCUGAGGGCUCUCCAUCCAGCUCAGAAGGCAGACCAAGGCUCAAGAUGUCGUGGAAUGGAAGUGAGCAGCUGGAGAGGGCAAUGGAGGAGGUAUUGGAGGAUGAGCUGGGGAGAGAAGAAAGAAGAGGGACGCCAGAAGAGCCUAGAGAGAGCUCACAGGACUUAGAAACCAUCCCAGCACCCAGGUCACAGAAACAACCUCCUAGCCUGGUGCUGAAUACAGCAUCUAGUGAAGCGUCAGUGAGCACGUUGGGCAGUCCUGUUGUUCCAGAGGAGGACAGUGUUCAGUUCAGUAAGCUGUCUUACCUGGGCUGUACCUGGGUAAAAGCCCCACGCAGUGAGGUUGAGGCUCAGAAGGCCAUGGCCACCCUGCGUGCUGAGAGUCCCGGCCAUAUCCCCGUCACUCUUCAUGUACCCAACGGUCCAGACGGCUGUGUUAGGAUUGUUGACCAAGCCACUGGUACAGAGAUAGCCUCCUUUCCCAUCUAUAAAGUGCUGUUUUGUGCCCGAGGGAAAGAGGGUUCAUUAGAAAGUGACUGCUUCUCCUUCACUGAGAGCUACCGCAGCUCAGAGGACUUCCAGAUUCACAUCUUUUCCUGCCAUAUCAAAGAGGCUGUGAGCCGAAUUCUCUACAGCUUCUCCACAGCGUUUAAGCGUUCAUCUAAAGCUGCUACUGAUGUUCGUGACUCAUCCCUGCCUCAGUCCCCUGACAGCGAUAUUUUCGCUUUCACAGUGUCUCUGGAGGUGCGAGAGGAUGACAGUAAAGGCAACUUCAGCCCUGUCCCUAAAGACAGAGACAAGUACUACUUUAAGCUGCGUCAAGGCGUGCAGAAGAAAGUGGUGGUCACAGUGCAGCAGAUGUCCAACAAGGAACUGGGUAUAGAGAGGUGUUUUGGCAUGUUGCUCAGUCCUGGACAGAAGGUUCGGAAUAGUGACAUGCACCUCUUAGACAUGGAGUCCAUGGGGAAGAGCGCAGAUGGGAAGGCCUAUGUGAUCACUGGAACGUGGAACCCCAAUACACCUGCUUUUCAAGCACUUAAUGAGGACACACCAAAAGACAAGCAGGUGUAUCUCACAGUGGCUGUGGACCUGGUGGUGACUGAGGUGGUUGAGCCGGUUCGGUUCCUCCUGGAGGCUUUAGCCAGGGUGUAUCCAGCCAACGAGAGGUUCUGGUACUUCAGCAGAAAGACCUUUUCUGAGACGUUUUACCUUCAGCUCAAACAGGGCAUUGAGAAGGGCAGCCAGGGAGAUGCUAUGUUUGAGGUGGUGAGCCUCCAGAGGCACUCUGAGCGGGUUGGAGGAGCGCGAGGCCGACUGCAGUCCCCCACUGAGGAAGAGGAGCAGGAGGAAGAUAGUGACAGUGAAAUCUCCAGUGGUACUGGCGAUGUGUCUAAAGACUGCCCUGAGAAGAUUCUGGAGUCCUGGGGUGGAAUUCUUAACAGAUGGCACGGGAACCUGUCCGCUCGGCCUAAGGGGCUGUCUGCACUGGUGAGGCCCGGAGUCCCCGAGGCGCUUCGGGCUGAAGUCUGGCAGCUCCUCUCCGGAUGCCAGGACGACCAGUUCCUGCUGGAGCGCUACCGCAUUCUCAUCACUAAGGACUCGGCGCAGGAGGGAGUUAUCACCAGAGACAUCCACCGCACGUUUCCUGCUCAUGACUACUUUAAGGACUCAGAGGGUGAUGGCCAAGACUCCCUUUACAAGAUCUGUAAGGCUUACUCUGUGUAUGAUGAGGAGAUUGGAUAUUGUCAAGGCCAGUCGUUCCUGGCUGCAGUUCUUCUGUUGCAUAUGCCAGAAGAGCAGGCGUUCUGUGUGCUGGUGAAGAUCAUGUAUGAGUAUGGACUCAGGGAUCUCUACAAGAACAACUUUGAGGAUCUGCACUGCAAGUUCUACCAGCUGGAGCGUCUGAUACAGGAGCAGUUACCGGAGCUGUGGUCGCACUUCCAAGAUAUGAAUCUGGAGGCUCAUAUGUAUGCGUCGCAGUGGUUCCUCACACUCUUCACUGCCAAGUUCCCGCUGUGCAUGGUCUUCCACAUUACAGACCUGUUGCUCUGUGAGGGCUUGAAUAUCAUCUUCAAUGUGGCACUGGCUCUACUAAAGACCUCCAAAGAGGACCUGCUCCAGGCUGACUUUGAAGGCGCCCUGAAGUUUUUCCGAGUUCAGCUCCCCAAGCGCUACAGAUCGGCAGAAAACGCUCGCAGACUUAUGGAGCAGGCCUGCAACAUCAAGGUGCCGACUAAGAAGCUGAAGAAGUUUGAGAAGGAGUACCACACACUCCGAGAGAGCCAGCUCCAGCAGGAGGACCCCAUAGACAGAUAUCAGAGAGAAAAUCGACGUCUACAGGAAGCCAGCAUGCGUUUGGAGCAGGAGAAUGAUGACCUCGCUCACGAGCUCGUCACCAGCAAGAUAGCGCUGAGGAAUGACCUGGACCAGGCGGAGGACAAGGCUGAUGUGCUGAACAAAGAGCUGCUGAACACCAAGCAGAGGCUGGUGGAGACAGAGGAGGAGAAGAGAAGACAGGAGGAAGAGACGGCUCAGUUAAAGGAAGUGUUUCGGAGAGAGCUGGAGAAAGCAGAGAGUGAGAUUAAGAAGACGACAGCCAUUAUUGCAGAGUACAAACAGAUUUGCUCUCAGCUGAGCACCAGACUGGAGAAGCAGCAGGCCGCCACCAAAGAGGAGCUGGAUUUAGUCAAGAGUAAAGUGAUGUCAUGUGAGCGUUGUAGGGAAGUGUUCAAUAAGGAUGGGCCGCUGCACAUGCCCGCAGUGACGCAGGAUAACCGUGACACGGACGUAGACGAGGAGAAGGACUCUCUGAAGGCGCAGCUUCGAGAGCUGGAACUGGAACUGGCCCAGACCAAACUGCAGCUUGUAGAGGCAAAGUGCAGGAUCCAGGAGCUGGAGCACCAGAGAGGAGUGUUGAUGAACGAAGUCCAAGCUGCCAAAAACUCCUGGUUCAGUAAAACACUGGGAUCCCUCAAGACUUCAGCAAGCAGUCAGCCGCCCUCCUCACCCAAAGAGGGCCAGUAGGACUCGUACAGGCCUCAGCCAAUGAGGAGAGAGCAGAUCAGAUCCUCUGCCAGGCCAGUGCGAAAGGAGUCGAGGCCUACAGAACACUACUAAACAACACAAACACAGCAAUGCAGUAUUCCCUCUCACAGUGGAACAGCAGAGAAACACAAUGCGAGCACCUGAACCCAUCUAUCUCUUCAGGCAGGAGGAGGACCACUGGUGGAAUACGGCUACCAUCACCCACAGGUUUAUGUGCUUUCUCAGUCGUGUGUGCAGUCAGGUCAUUCGGUUGGUUGACUUUGGUUUGUUUGUGGAAACAUUUUUUUGACAUGGUCAAGCAGUUUUAAAAAUAACUUUCAUUUUAAUUAUAUGAAGCACAUUUUGAGGAAGUUACACUGGAGAAUUAAAAAUCUACAUUUUAACUUAGAAUGAUGAAAAUAAAAGACUGAAGGAUAAAUAUACAGAUAAAAACAUAUUAUGGACAAAUAGAAAACAUAAUAGAUAAAGUUAUGGAUCAAUUAGAAGUGCAGCAUUUGGUUAUCCACAAUUCUCUGCACACACAAAAAUACCAAUAAAAUUUAAAUAAAAAUAAAACUAUAUAGAUAUCAUUUAAAAAUAAAGCAAAUGUUUCUUUGCUAUUUAGGACGGAUUAUAUAGGACGGCUCAAAUUCAGUGGAAGCAAUGAAACUUGUGUUGUAGAAACAAAAUUUUAGUUUAGUGAAAGAAUCACAGACAUGUUUUAUAAUGAGUCUUUUAGCGUCUACACUAUGCACAGUACAGCCUGUAGCCAUAAGCAGCAUGAGUGAGUGGGCAACAGUUCCACCUAGUGUUGAGUAACAGUACUGCAGCUCAAUUUAGCCAUUUAAUCUGUCCUGUAAAGCUUCUAACAAGAAAACAAGCAAUGCCUAAUUUAUAUAUAUCUACAUUUACACAUCUGAUUUAGUGAUUUUUCUUCAUUUCAGAGAGGGGAUACUGCAUUCAGAUGAAACUACUCAAUGUUUUUUUUUCUAUAUAGUAAUAACUAAUGUUUAAUUGUUUUGUCAUGUGUAUAACUAAAUGUUAAAUCUUUUUUUAUCUUGUACAGAUUUUUUUUCUUUUUAUAUAUAUAUAAUUUUUGAAUUUGAAUGUUUGUAAAUAUUAACAGCUUAAAGCACAGUGUUCAGACCGGUUGACCAUGAUAUACAAAGAAGUCCAUAAUUUAACAUUCCUGCCUUUUUAUUUGUUUUCUGCUAUGUUUUAUUUUAUUUUAAUUAUUACAUUUCUGUGUUCAGUGAAUCUUGUCCACAGAGCCUUUUGGAUUCUUGAACACAGAUCUAGUGGUGCUUUUCUAUUGUAUGGUAUCUACAAUACUUUACUUAACUCAACGUUUCGUUUUUUUUUUUAACUAAUCAAAUUUGGUAUUUGGUACCUGGACAAGGUAAAAUUUGAAUAUCUGCUCAAAUAGUUCUUAGCAACCUGAUUAAGGACAAAGAGCUACAUGUAAACCUUUUAGAGUGCUGAUUGGCUGGAGAGAAUCGCUAUAUAGAUCUUAAUAACUAUAUAUCUUAAUAACUUAAACCUAGCCAUUUAUAACAUAUCCAAGCUACACUAGUGCUCACCAGCUACUUCUGAGUGGGUGAUUUGAGCUGUUUAUGGUUUUUCAGAUGGAAAAAAAAGAUCAAUUUCUGUAACACUGAAUUUGUGGUUUUACACACCCUUUAUUCACCCUACCAAAAUGAGUAAAGUAAAGGAGGUACCAUGCUUUGGAAAAGCUCCAUAGAUUAAUGCUGCCUGCCCAGAAAGAAGAUGCCUUUCUGCACAAACACAGUGUUUAAUACACGCUGUCCCAAAUAAGCCAUUUAGAUGUACACAGCUUUUUCUUAAAGGGGAAUUCAGUUCACAGUUUCUGCAUAAUGUGGUGGUUAAAAAAACAUUAAGAAUAUGUGAAUUAAUGUUGCACAGUGUAUUAUCAAUGUGCACAUUUCUAAUUGUCCAUGGCAUAUCUACAAAAGGCAGACGUUACAUGUUUAGUAUAGUUUAUUUAUUUAACUCUAAUUUUGGACCCACUGAGCAUUAUUAAUAUAAACAGAUGUAUAAAUGACAAAUGACUUCUGCUAAACUCUAUUUUUAAUAUGGAAAUAUUUAUUAUCACAGAGCAGCAAAAUACCAGUUUUUUUUUUUUAUGGUGCAGCUAAGUUGUGAUACUGUUCAAGACAGUUGUUCACUGUAAAUUUAAUCAGAAAACUAGUCAGAAACUAUAGUAAAGUAAACUUACUCCAGACAUUUUGAUUCACUUUUUGAAAGUAAAAUAGUUUUAGGUAAGUAGUUUCAAUUCCUCUAAAACCACAAGCAGUAUAUGUUUCAGUUUAAAAAAAAAAACAUUUUUGACAAACUCCUAUCAUGUUAACCAUUUAAUUAUGCAGAAAUAUUAAUUGGUUUCCUAAUAAAAGCUGUUAAUACCAGGUGCGACACUUGCCAUAAACGUGCCAAGAAGACUUUCAGACCUCUCGUUUCAGGCUACCCUAACUAUGUGUGAAUUUCUCCGUUUUAAUGUUUUAAGUGUUUAUUUUCCCCCCUUUUAUUUGUGAGAGUAAAAAUCAUGUGAAGAGGCUGGAUUCUCACCUGUUCAUCUGUACAUAUGAAGUGGUAAAUCUGCAGUAAGCGUGAAGGUCUUGUUGAGAAUGUUUUGACGUCGUCGCUGCCGUGUGCAGUUAAACUGUGGGAGAGGAGAUUUGUUACCUACUUGUUGAUGUCAGUAUCGGUGUUUCUCGACUCACUUCUUGUCACGUGGUCCGAAGCCCACCACGAAUUCAAAACAUGGAUGCAUGGAUUUUUAACGCACACUAAAAAAAAAGAAAAAAUAUUGUGAAGACACUUAUUUUGUCUGUUGUUUAGGUCUGUACCUAUAUCUGUUAUGUCAUUUCUGAGAUUCUGUGCAGCCAAACAUCAGUUUAACAUUAACUAAUACAGAUGCUGCAGGAGAUGUUCUUUCUGGGUCUGUGAGAUUACAGUGAGUGAGUUAUUAGAGGGGUUACUAUUUGCACAGUUCUGUCCAGUUGCUAUCUUGACAAACAAACUUGACAAAUAAAAUUUUGUUCUGUUGAAUAACUUGA